AUGACGGCAAUGUCUCGGCCAUUUGGUACUCUGCCUUCCUCCGCGAAGGUCUCUCCCACUCCGUUCACGGUCUCGAUUCCCAAGACACAACUUGACGAACUAAAGACACUCAUCGAGCUGUCAAAGCUUGCCCCGCACACAUACGAGAACUCGCAGAUUGACGCCAAAUAUGGAGUCACUACUGACUGGAAAGCAUCUGAGGAUCGUAUUAACAGCUUUCCACAAUGGACCACUGAAAUUGAGGGGCUGGUCAUUCAUUUUGUGGGCUUGUUCUCAGAAAAGAAAGAUGCAAUUCCUAUCCUCUUGUGUCAUGGAUGGCCAGGAAGCUUUCUGGAGUUCCUCCCUAUAUUGGAGUUAUUCCAGAAGGAAUACACACCAAGUACCUUGCCAUACCAUCUAAUUGUGCCUUCUCUACCAGGAUACACCUUUUCAUCCGGUCCACCACUAGACCGGAAUUUCGGAACUCAGGAUAUUGCCCGUGUCCUAGACCAAUUGAUGAAAAAUAUCGGAUUCGAAAGCGGCUACGUCGCUCAGGGUGGUGACAUCGGCAGUCGUAUUGCUAGAGAAUUGGCUGUGGACUAUGAAAGCUGUAAAGCCGUGCAUCUCAAUGUUUGUUUCAUGGGACGGCCGGUAGGUAUGACGGACGACCACCUAAGCGAUAAAGAGAAGCUCGGUAUUCAACGAUUCGACAACUUCAAAACGUUGGGCUCUGGAUAUCUGACCGAGCAUGGUACUCGACCAAGCACCAUCGGCCAUGUUCUUUCGGCAAGUCCAAUUGCACUCUUGGCGUGGAUCGGUGAGAAAUUCUUGGAGUGGGUAGACGAGCCUUUAUCUCCAGAACACAUCCUCGAGUCAAUCACUCUGUAUUGGCUCACUGAGACAUUCCCUCGGUCAAUUUAUACGUAUCGUCAGAAUUUUCCACCCGUGCCGAUCCCUUCCCCGAAUGAUCCUCGGUGGUAUAUCAAGAAACCUUUUGGCUUUUCAUCAUUCCCUCAAGAGCUUGCUCCCCUACCGCGGUCUUGGAUUGAGACUUCGGGUAACUUAGUUUAUUGGGGAGAACAUGCAAAGGGCGGUCAUUUUGCGGCAAUCGAGCAGCCCGAAGCAUUGAAGACGGAUCUAAUUCAGUUUGUGGACCAGGUAUGGCCGGGGAUCACUAGUACUAAAUGA